AUGGAUCGCGUUUGGAGAUUAAGUGGACGGCCCAGGGAUGUCGAGGUUCGGCGCCAGGCACGUCAAGCGUCUGCGCUGGACGUGCUGUACCUUGGAGGGGACGGCCCGCUCGCCAAGGUCAUCCGCGAGCACAUGGACGACGCGAGCCGUAGGGCGCUGGCGGCCACCUCGACGGUGUUCAUGGCGAGAGUCCUCGAGUUCGUGCCCAACGCAAAGUGGUGGCACGAUCUCCGCGGCUGGGGCCCGACGGUGGCGCGGCGAGUGCGCGCGCGGGUCACUCCAGCCAGCCAGGGCCAGAUCGGCCACGUUCGCGAGGACGGCUGCAGGGUGUUCGCCCGCGGCAAGGCAACCUCCGCCCGAGAUUCCGCCGUCACCUCCGCGGCAAUUCGGGCGGGCCCCGACUGGAUCGGGCUCUCGCCGGGGAUGAUCGCGCUCGAGCACGUGGACAUGUCCGACUUCAAGUGCAAGCUCAUGACCGACGGCGACGACAACUGGCUGCCCGUUGGUCCCCGGGGAGGUGUCAAGGUGCUGCUUGCAGCGCGGUCUGGCCUCCGGCGGGUGCCCCCUGACAUGGCGUCGCUGUCCCGGCUCACGCUGUCCAGGUGCAAGGCCCUCGACACCAGCGCAAGCAGCCUGCUGCCAAGCUCGUCAUGCGCCAGCCUGGUGGAGCUUGACGUCUCACGCACGCGCGUGCGGCGGCUGCCGGCGGACAUGGCGCGGCUGGAGACGCUCGUGGUGGCCGGCUGCACGAGGCUCGAUCACGACUUCCUCGCCGGUAGCUCAGCGGCGGCCGUCAAGCACCUGGAUGCAAAGGGCAGCAACAUCGCAUGCGUUCCCGCACACAUGCACUCCCUAGAGCGAGUCAACCUGAGCGGAUGCCAAAGCCUGGUGGACGGACUCGAAUACAUCCCGAGCACGUCGGCGGGGAACAUCCGGUGGCUGGACUGCGGCCACAGCAACGUGCAACGCGUCCCUGACAUGCCGCGACUCGAGGAGCUCGACUGCUCCUCGUGCCCGCUCCGCGGCGGUGCAUUCCACGCGACGCGCUUCGCGAAGCUGAAGAAGCUCGUCGCCACGCGGUCCACGCUGCGGAUGCUCCCUGCCGCCGCGUGCCAGCUGGAAUAUCUGGAUGUGCGGAAAUGCAGUCAUCUGGGGACACACUUCCUGCCGGAGUCGUCCGCGCGCAGCGUCAGGUUCCUGUACGCGUCGCACAGCAAAGUCACGCGACUCCCCCCGGGGAUGGGCUCGCUCGAGAUCCUUAUACUCGACGGAUGCAAGUCCCUCGACGCCACGGAGUUCCUGCCCGAGUCGUCCGCGGGGGCCGUCAGAGUCCUCUCCGCGGCGCGCGGGUCCGUCAAGCGGCUCCCGGGAGGCCUGCGGUCGCUGCGGGAGGCGUAUCUCACGGCAUGCCCGCUGGUCGACGACUUCCUGCCAACCAACGCAGCACCGCAGCUCACCGUGCUGCACGCCUGCUACACCGGCAUCAAGCGAGUCCCGCCGAAUCUGCCCCUCGAAGAACUCAGCCUCUUCCACUGCCAGCACCUUGCACAAGCAGGCGAGGCAAGCACGCGUCCCGGCGACGAUGCCCAGCCUAGCGCGGCGGGGGGCGCGCAGUUCCUCCCACGGAGCUCGCUGCGAAAGCUGCGCAAAUUGGUUCUGGCGGAAAGCAACGUCCAGCGCGUGCCCGAGGACAUGGUGGCCUUGGAGCGGCUGCACCUGCACCGGUGCUACGACUUGCGCGACGGCUUCUGCCCGCCGUCGUCCGCCGCCCGGGUGCGCCACCUCGACAUCAGCCACACGCACGUGACGCAGGUCCCCUGCAUGAGGGCCCUGAGGGAGCUGGACGUCUCCGACUGCGUGCGACUCGAGGAAGGCCGCUGGCUCGACGCGGCCACCGCGCAGGGGCUCCGAAAGCUGCGCGCGGACAACUGCCGCUUCGCAGCGCUGCCCCCGGGGUUGGAGUCGCUGCAGGAGCUGCGCAUCCGCGGCUGCGAGGUCGGGGACAUCGGACCCCUGCAGGCCAAGAUUGUGCGCUCUUGGUUCUAG